CCCCCGGGCCUGCGCUGGCUGCCCGCGGACCUGGCCUUCCUCGUCGGGAUCCUCCGGCUGGGGCUGAGGGACUGGGCGUGCUCCGGCCACCACCCGCCUGACACCUUCGUGGACACGCUGGAGCGGAGGGCGCGAGAACAGCCGGACGGCGUGCUCCUGGUGUGGACGGGGCCCGGGGCCCGCCGGGUCACCUUCGGGGAGCUGGACCGGCAGGCCUGCAGGGCGGCCUGGGCCCUGAGGGGCCAGCUGUCCCCCGGGGAGACAGCUGCCCUGCUGGUGCUGCCGGCGCAGACACCCCUGGCCCUGGGCCUGUGGCUGGGGCUGGCCAAGCUGGGCUGCCCGGUGGCCUGGAUCAACCCGCAGGCCCGCGGGGGGCCGCUGGCACAUUCCGUGCUCAGCUCCGGGGCUCGGCUUCUGCUGGCGGACACAGGCCUGCAGGAGGCCCUGGAGGAGGUCCUGCCCGGCCUGCUCGCCCAGGAUGUGCGCUGCCUCUACUUCGGCCGCUCCUCCCCCACCCCCGGUGUGGGGGCGCUGGGGCCGGCCCUGGAGCGGGCCCCCGCCGACCCCGUGCCCGCAGCCCUGCGCGCCAAGGUCACGUGGCGCAGCCUGGCCCUGCUGAUCUACACCUCGGGGACGACGGGGGCAACCUGCGUCCUGACCCCCAAGUUCUCUGCCUCCCGCUUCUGGGAUGACUGCCGGCAGCAUGGUGUGACCGUGAUCCAGUACGUGGGCGAGGUUCUGCGGUACCUGUGUAACGCUCCCCAGCAACCAGAGGACCGGACACACCGCGUGCGCCUGGCCAUGGGCAACGGCCUGCGGGCGGACGUGUGGGAGGCCUUCCAGCGGCGCUUCGGCCCGGUCCGCGUGCUCGAGGUCUACGGCUCCACCGAGGGCAACAUGGGCUUCAUCAACUACCCGGGACGCUGCGGAGCGGUGGGCAAGACCAGCUGCAUGCUGCGGGUGAGGGCGCGGGGUGGGCCCGGCGGACGAGGGGCGGGGCUGCUGACGCCCCUCGCCCCAGGGGAGCCGGGGCUGCUGCUGACCCAGGUGCUCGGCCGCACCCCCUUCGUGGGCUACCACGGGCCCCGCGAGCUGUCGGAGCGCAAGCUGGUGCGGGGCGUUCGGCGUGCGGGCGACGUGUACCUCAACACGGGGGACGUGCUGGCCAUGGACCGCGAGGGCUUCCUGUACUUCCGCGACCGGCUCGGCGACACCUUCCGGUGGAAGGGUGAGAAUGUGUCCACGCGGGAGGUGGAGGGCGUGCUGCUGCUGCUGGACUUCCUGCAGGAGGUGAACGUGUACGGCGUGCCCGUGCCAGGGUGUGAGGGCAAGGUGGGCAUGGCUGCCGUGCGGCUGGCCCCCGGCCGCCCCUUCGACGGACACAAGCUGUAUCAGCACGUGCGCACCUGGCUACCUGCCUACGCAGCCCCGCACUUCAUCCGUGUCCAGGACACCCUGGAGAUAACCACCACCUUCAAACUGCUGAAAUCGCGGCUGGUGCGCGAGGGCUUCGACGUGGGCGCCAUCGCCGACGCCCUGUACCUGCUGGACCACCAGGCCCAGGCCUUCCGGCCCCUGACAGAGGACACCUACCGGGCGGUGUGCGAGGGGACCUGGAGACUCUGAUGGAGCAGCCCGGCGACCCGCCCCUCGCCCAGCCUGGCCUGUCCGUGGCUGCACGGAGGAGGGGAGGGGCGGUGUGGGGAGGCCCCCCGCGGGUGACAGAAUAAAGC